UGAUCGGAGAGCUGCCAUGUGAUAUCAGACCGUUGAGAUAGUUACCGUUUCAUUUCUUCGUUCCCGCCCGCCCUUAUUUUUUUGUUUUCCCCUUUGCUUCUUCCCAGCCCUUCAACCAUUUCAUCUCUGGGCUCGAUGUCGUGCCGACACAGUUAAGUAUCGGCCUUGGUGACUUAAACUUUUUCCUUUUCUUGUUACUGCCCGUUCUUUGCGGCGAUUUGCAUCCACCAUGUUACCAUUUAUCAAUCAAAUCUUUGAGUAUCCAGCCAAUGCGACUGGAGCUUCGAUUGAUGAGCUGAAGCUCAUUGCGUCAUUCCUCCUCUCCUACCCCCUCGCCGGUCUGUUGAAGAGAAUCCCCGACGCUCAACCCUGGAAGAAGAAUGCCUUCAUCAUUGCCGUUUCCUUGUUCUAUCUCGUUGGCCUUUUCGACCUAUGGGAUGGCCUUCGCACUUUGUUCUAUAGCGCCGCCGGUACCUAUCUGAUCGCCUACUACAUUGAUGGAUCGUUGAUGCCCUGGAUCGGCUUCAUCUUCUUGAUGGGCCACAUGUCCAUCAGCCACAUCUACCGCCAGAUCGUCAACGAUCCUCAAGCGAUUGAUAUCACUGGUGCCCAGAUGGUCCUGGUCAUGAAGCUCACGUCUUUCUGUUGGAACGUUCAUGAUGGUCGACUUCCCCAAAACCAGCUCUCAGAUCCUCAAAAAUAUGCCGCGAUUACGCAUUUUCCGAGCAUCCUGGACUACAUGGGCUACGUGCUAUUCUUCCCGGCUCUUUUCGGUGGUCCGUCCUUUGAAUACGUCGACUACCGUCGCUGGCUCGACACUACUCUUUUCGAAGUCCCCCCGGGUACCGACCCGUCGAAGGUGCCCCCGACCCGUAAGAAGCGCAAGAUCCCUCGCAGUGGAACUCCUGCCACGAAGAAGGCCCUGGUUGGACUGGCAUGGAUCCUGGCAUUCCUACAGCUGGGGUCUUACUACAAUCAAGAAACCAUCCUGAGUCCCAGAUACAUGGGCUACUCCUUCCCUCGACGGGUCUGGAUCAUGCACAUGGUCGGGCUAACCGCACGCCUCAAGUACUACGGCGUCUGGUCCCUGACGGAAGGUGCUUGUAUCCUGUCUGGCAUGGGAUACAAUGGCUUCGAUCCCAAGUCCGGCAAGGUCUUCUGGAACCGGUUGGAGAAUAUCGAUCCCUGGAGUCUUGAGACCGCGCAAAACUCCCACGGAUAUCUGGGCAGCUGGAACAAGAACACCAACCAUUGGCUGCGAAACUAUGUCUAUUUGCGCGUCACCCCCAGGGGAAAGAAGCCGGGCUUCCGCGCCAGCUUGGCCACGUUUACGACCAGCGCUUUCUGGCAUGGUUUCUACCCGGGAUACUAUCUGACAUUCAUCCUUGGAUCGUUCAUCCAGACGGGAGCCAAGAACUUCCGUCGUUAUGUACGCCCGUUCUUCCUCACUCCGGACGGGAGCAAGCCGACUCCCUACAAGCGCUACUAUGACAUUAUGAGCUGGUUCGUGACUCAAGUCACCCUGUCCUUCACGGUGAUGCCCUUCAUCUUCCUCGGAUUUAGCAAGUCCAUCGGCGUUUGGCAGAGCGUCUACUUCUACGGGAUCGUCGGCAACCUCCUCAGCAUUGCCUUCUUUGCCAGCCCCGCCAAGGGCAUCCUCAUCAAGAAGCUCAAGGCCCGCAACCGGCCUCAUGUCACACGCUCAACCAGCUCCGACACCCUGCAACAGCCAACACUAGGUCUUCCAAGUGACGCUGUUCAGGCCUUUGAUGAGGCCGUGCAGGAGAUCCGGGGUGAAAUUGAAGCCAGGCGCAGACGCGGCAGUGCCGUUACCAUGCCGACUGGAGAAGAGCUGAAAGCAGUCGUGGAAAGCAAGAUUGGCCGCAAGCUCACAUGAUCAUCUGGAUCCUGUGACUUCCCAUGUGACCCAAAUCCAAAAAAAAAAAAAAAGGGGUCUUAAGACUCCAGGUCUCAGGACCUGCUACCAGUCUGGCUUAGAGCCAACUAAUUCGACACGUGUGAAUGAGAACGAUUGAUGGGGUUGACGAUAGAAUGUAUAUUAGACUUUUUACUGCUCCGAAGCGGCUGCGCAUACUUGUCUCGUUGUUGGUGCUCCUUUGGGAUGAGUGGCAUCCUUAUGAUUCUUAUUCUUCUAUUAUGUAUGCUUUCCGGCGCUGACGUACACUUUCAAUUCGUUCAUACUUAUAUGCUACGAAGUCUCCGACAAUAAGCGUAAUGAGCAAGUCUUACUUUCUUUUGCUUA